UCGUUUUGUUUCCUUUAUAUAAUUAACAAAAGUAUCUAUUUUAUAAACAUCUGAAUAUACAAAACCUCAUUUUACUAUUUGAUGACUCACUUAAGAUCCUCCUCCUCCUCCUCUUUCCAUCAUCAUCAUCAUCUUCUUUUUCUUCUUCUUCAUUGCACAUCUCUCUCCCUGUCUCUCUUUCUCUCCAAGUGAGGUUGGAGAGAAAAUAAAGUCAACAAUUAUUUGAAUCACACACACACACACACACACACACACACGCAUGCAUGUGCAUGAAAUGUAGCACUGAGUGUGGAACGUGACUUAAUUGUUACAUUAUUGACAUACUCCUACCACCCUCAUAACACCUGCCAGCUGCUUUUCUAUACUCACACACACACACACACACACACACACACAUACACAAAGACCCCCACACACAAUCAUGCUUACACACACAUGCACACAUCACACACACAAGGAUUAGUUGUAAAAUAAGAACUCCAGCAGUAUAAGUUGAAUUUACUUCUUUUAGUCUUCCAAAAAAAGACUGCAAGUUCUGCGUUUUGCACAAGAAUGGUAACCAGAAACAGACUUAGAAUUUCCCAGCCUCAAAGACAACUAAAAAUGGUGACACAUCUUUAAAAGGACCGGAGCAAUUGUUAGAAUUGACAAGGGAACUGGAAAUGAUAUAUGAAAAAGCAAGACUUUCUGGUAUUGACAUUAAUGCAGUUCCCUGUCUUGUUAGAUCCCAUCUGCAACUUGCUGAAGAGAGGAAGCUGACAAUGGUUCCAUGGCAACGGAAGAAAACUCUACAUCACAUCAUCAUCAUUGCGUUCACCCUUUGUCUUCUUCUUUCACCGACAUUUCAGGAUUGGCUUCAGAACUCACCCUGUUUGCUUGAAAACAAUGAAAUCCUGAUGGAAGUAUUGAGACCAGCUUCAAACUGUGAAGAACUGUGUCUUGGAAUGGAUUCAGUGCCAACAGAAUUUAACAUCAGCACAGAAAAAUUCAUGCAAAAAUAUGCAUACACUGGACAUCCUGUCUUGAUCAAAAAUGCUACCACAAACUGGACGGCUCUGAAGAUGUUCAAUUUCAACUUCUUCCAUAAACUUUUUAGUUCAAGACUGAGCCAUUUGGAAGAAUGCAUGUUUUUCCCAUACAACACUAACUUUACAAGUUUUGCUCAGUUCUUAGGAAUGCCCCUGGUCAGGGCUAGGUUUGAUCCUGGUCAGUUACCUUGGUAUGUUGGAUGGAGCAAUUGUGAUCCAGAAAUUUCUGUUGAGUUGAGGAAGCAUUAUGAGAAACCUUAUUUUCUGCCAAGGGAUUCAGAAGCAACUUCAGUGGAUUGGAUUUUUAUGGGUGGAUUUGGCAAGGGUGCUCACAUUCAUAUUGAUGCAGUAAAACGCCCAUCAUGGCAAGCUAUGAUAGCUGGUAAGAAAACAUUUAUGCUUAUUGUUCCUCCAGAGUGUGAACAUUUAUGCAAAUAUACUCUGAAUGCUACCAUGGAAACUGGAGAUAUUCUUAUAUUGGACACCAAUCAGUGGUAUCAUUCUACUUACAUCCAUCCUGAAGAGGUGAGCGUUGCCAUCGGAUCAGAGUACGACUGAAGAGAUCUUAUUGGGAUUGGUUGAAGAUCAAUGCCAACCACAUUGGAUUUCAUAACAAAGGAUAACAAAAAAAAAAAAAAAAGA